CACGCAAGUUAAUUAGUCCUUCGACAGAAAUCCAAAACCAUACACUUGAAAUAAUUCUGAUAUUUCAUUUCCAUUAAGUUAUCUACACAUAUAAUAUAUAUUAGAAGAAGAAAAAAAUGGUCGCUGCCAUUUCAGUAGAUUCAAGCUUAAGCCUACAGAUUGGCAGAACUUGUCACCGGGUAAUUACAGAAGAAAUUGAAGGGCUAAUUAAAGUAUACAAAGAUGGGUACGUAGAAAGAUCUCACAUUGUUGCUUCUGUCGCUCCAAAAUUGGCUUCAGAGCUAGGUGUUAUGUCACAGGAUGUAGUCAUUGACAAGUUCACAAACGUUUGGGCAAGAUUUUACGUUCCAAGUUCCUGUCAUGGUAAUAAUAACCCUAAUAACCUCCCUUUGAUGAUAUAUUUUCAUGGAGGUGGGUUUUGUGUUGGCUCUGCUUCUUGGAUUUGUUAUCAUGAAUUUUUAGCAAGAUUAGCUUCCAAAGCAAAUUGCUUAAUUAUGUCUGUUAAUUAUCGAUUAGCCCCAGAAAAUCCUCUGCCUGCAGCUUUUGAAGAUGGGAUUAAAGCUUUAAUGUGGUUAAGAAAACAAGGUUUAAGUGAAGAGUAUUACUGGUGGUCCAAAAAAUGCAAUUUUUCUAAAAUAUUUGUAGCUGGUGAUAGUGCUGGUGCUAAUAUAGCUUAUAAUAUUAUUACAAGGCUUAGCUCAUCUAAUGGAGUGUUGGAUAUGAAGCCAUUAACUAUAAAGGGUUUGAUUCUAAUCCAGCCAUUUUUUGGAGGAGAGGUAAGAACUAACUCAGAAAAAUAUUUAGUACAGUCAACUCGGUCAGCGUUGACUUUGGCAAGCUCUGAUACCUAUUGGAGACUAGCAUUGCCACGUGACGCUAAUCGCAACCAUCCAUGGUGUAAUCCUCAGGUGGGAGUGAAAAUGGAGAAAUUGAUGGAUUUGGAAAUAAUGGUGUUUAUAUCUGAAAUGGAUAUAUUGAAAGAUAGGAAUUUGGAGUUUGUAAAUGGUUUGUGUAAAGCAGGGAAGAAAGUGGAGCAUGUGGUGCAUAAAGGUGUAGGACAUGCCUUUCAAGUUUUAAGUAAGUCUCAAAUAUCACAAACUAGAGCAAUUGAGAUGAUCUCCCAAAUCAAGUCCUUUAUCAACUAGAGAUUACCUCUUUUCUUAAAAAAAAAAAAAAAAAAAUUAUCUGCAACAUUCAAAUUAGAAUGAUAUAUUCAGGUAAAACUCAAUCAACAGCGGUGACUAUGAAGCAUGUCCAGAGAAUUAUUUUAUGUUUCAUUUUUACUUAUUGUUAGAAAGAAAUUAGCUAUAUAGGUUAAAAGACAGGACUUGUAGAUUCCUCAAGUACACAUUGCAGGCCAUUGUGUUUGUCUAGAGGUUGUAAAUGUUAAAGUAGCUUAUGAUUUUUGUAUAUAUGUAUAAAAAAAAUUUUAUUCCAAAGCUUGAUUAUUCUAUU